AUGAGCACACCUAGUCGUCCACGGAGGAUGGCCAAAAUUUCGCUCAUUUCGUUGUUGCUAUUUACUGCGUCACUGGUUACUACGAUUGGCAGCGCGCAGGAAUUGUUUCCGCUUUCGAUCGUGCACAUCAACGAUUUUCAUGCCCGUUUCGAGGAAGUGAACGCGGCCAGCGUCACGUGCGAUACGGCGGCCAGUGGUGAGCAGUGUGUCGGUGGGUACGCCCGGACGGUGACGGUGGUAAAGCGGUUACUAGCGGAGCGUCCGAACGCGAUCUACCUCAAUGCUGGCGAUAACUUCCAGGGAACACUCUGGUAUAACAUCCACCGUUGGAAUGCUACGACCGAGUUUCUCAACAUGUUGCCGGCGGAUGCGAUGACCAUCGGUAAUCACGAGUUUGAUAAUGGUGUCGAAGGGGUGGUUCCGUUUCUGGAAAAUAUCGCCUCACCGGUGCUGCUGGUGAAUGUGGACAACAGCGGUGAGCCGGAGUUUGCUCGGUUCACCAAAAGUUUGGUGUUGGAGCGUGGUGGCCGGCGGAUUGGGCUGAUCGGUGUCAUCCUUAGUACGACGGAUACGAUCGCCAAUACGGGCGAGUUGGUGUUCCAGGAUGAGGUGGAAACGGUGCGUGCCGAAGCGGAACAGCUGACGGCGCAGGGUGUGGACAUUAUCGUCGUCAUCUCGCACUGCGGACUGGAUGUGGAUCGUGUCAUCGCGGCCAAUGUGGGCCCGCUGGUGGACAUCAUUGUGGGGGGACACUCACACAGCUUCCUCUAUACCGGGGAUCAUCCGACGAUUCCAAUGACCCCGGUAGCCGAGUAUCCGACGGUGAUUGAGCAGCAACCCGGUGGCCAUCGGGUACUGAUCGUACAGGCCUCAGCGUACACCAAGCUUGUCGGGGACAUUGUGCUGUACUUCAAUGGACAAGGAAUCAUCCAACGCUGGGAGGGUAAUCCGGUGUAUCUGGCAAACGAGAUCGAACCGGAUGCGGAGAUUGCGGCCGCACUGUUACCAUGGAAGGUUGCGGUUGAUGAAAUCGGUAACCGUCGGAUCGGUGCGACCGGUGUCGAGCUGCAGAAGGCCACUUGCGGUUACGGGGAGUGCAAUCUUGGCAGCCUUAUCGCGGAUUCGAUGGUGGCGGCCUUUGUACCACGUGCUGAACCGGGACAGUGGACGUACGCAGCCGUUGCUGUGCUCGCUGUCGGUGGUAUACGAGUUGGAUUGUUCCGUGGUGAUUUGGCCUUCAAGAACCUGAUCGAGGUACUUCCGUUCGAGAAUGGGCUCGUGUGCUUCGAGAUGCGUGGCGAUCAUCUUAUCGAGCUGCUGGAGUACAGCGUGGAAAAGUCCUGGGAUGAUGAUCGCUUCAAUGGAGCUAAUAUGUUGCAGGUUUCCGGACUGCACGUUGUCUACAACGUGACCAAUCCGAUCGGUGAUCGUGUGGUAUCGUUGGACGUGCUGUGCCAUGAGUGUGCGAUACCGCGGUACGAACCGGUGCACCCGUUCCGGAAGUAUCGUGUCAUUACUAACUCCUUCCUGGCCGGUGGUGGCGAUGGGUUUACGAUGUUCGAACGAUACGGUCAGAAGCGAGUGCUAGGACCGGUUGAUAUCGAUGCGUUCGAAACGUACGUGCGUGACCGAUCGCCGGUUCUCCAGGGUGUUGAUGGAAGAAUUACGGUUCUGACGUAGUGGCACCGGGCAGCGCUACGAUGUAGUGUAGUAUCUGUGGACCUGGUCCGCGCUUCAUCUCAUUCUAAAUGCCAUGAUCAACCAGUUGUAAUUCCGUACCAGCGAAAAAAACGCUAGACAAAUGCUAGCUAUUUGACAAACUAAUAAAUCUUACU